CUCUUCUUCUGAGUCUCAACUAACCUAGUAUUAGUAAUCUUCUCAAACUCACAAAUCUCUGUUUCCUGGUUCUCUUUGAACAAGAAGAUUGCAUCAAUUUGCACUCGUUUGUACCUCUUGAAUACCGUCCACAUACAAAGAACCUGAGCUAGAUUAAAAAGAAAGAAAGAAAUCAGUACAAAGGAAAAUGAAGAUGAGAAAUAAGAUUUUCUUGUCUCCAUUGAUAAGCCCGACAUCAUCACACAGCUCCUCCCACAGCUCUAAGACUUCCCCACACACUCUCUCCGCAACAAUCAUGGAGGAAAAUGUCGACUGCGCAGAAGUAAUCAUCAGAAAAUGGGACCUCAAUGCCACUGAUUCCGCUCGUUUAUAUUCUUCCAACACCCCUUCUCUUUUCGCGCAAGAUCACCGCAGUCAAGCCCAGCAGUUCAUCAAGUCCGUCAACGACUUGCAAUCUGCAAUGCACUUCUUCGUCAGUGAGGACCCCGGCUCACCAAUGCUCAUCCGGGCUCAGAACCUGAUGCAAAUUGCCAUGAAAAGAUUAGAGAAGGAAUUCUACUCUGUUCUCAAAACCAACAUGACCGCUCUCCACCUAGAAUCCGUCUCCCUCCGGUCAUCCAGUUCGAGGGCCUCCUCCACUUGGUCUGCCUUUUCUGACUUCCAAAAUGGAGAAACUUCCGAAGGAGAAGAUGAUGAUGAAAUUACAACUGAUAUCGAUCAAAUUCAUAUCAAAAGCAACAAAACUGAAAAAGUAUACGAAGAUGUCAUGAGCGACCUCAGAGUUAUCGCGAAUUGCAUGAUUAGUUCCGGAUACGGAAAAGAAUGCAUGCAUAUUUAUAAUCUUAUCCGAAAAUCGAUAAUCGACGAGACUCUGUAUUACUUGGGAGUUGAGCAAUUGAGCUCCUCGCAACUUCAGAAAAUGGCGUGGGAUGACAUAGAAGUUAAAAUAAAGAAGUGGCUGGCUGCCGUCAAGACCGCCGUCAAAACUCUCUUUCACGGCGAAAGAGUUCUCUGCGAUCAUGUCUUCUGUGCUUCUGAAAAGAUCAGAGAGACGUGUUUCACCGAGAUUUCCAGAGGUAAUGCAUUGACGCUGUUCAGCUUUCCGGAAAAUGUAGCCAGGUGUAAGAAGAUUUUCUCGCCGGAGAAGAUGUUCAGGUUUUUGGAUAUCUACGAGGCUGUUUCCGAGCUCUGGAUUGAUAUUGGAAUGAUUUUCUCUUUUGAUUCGCUCUCUGGAGUUAGAGCUCAAGCGAUGACGUCGCUCUUGAAGCUCGGAGAAGCUGUCCGGACGAUGCUCUUGCAGUUCGAGUCGGCGAUUGAGAAGGACUCCUCGAAGAUGGCGGUUCCCGGCGGGGGAGUCCACCCGCUCGCUCGUUAUGUCAUGAAUUACUUGGUUUUCCUCACAGAUUAUAGCGGUGCGUUGGCUGAUAUCGUCACCGAUUGGCCUACGUCGGUCCAAAAGUCGCUGCCGGAGUCUUACUUCUCCAGUCCGACUUCGGCUACCGACGUCGAUGACGACUCUCCAGCGUCGACGAUCUCCGUCCGGCUGGCAUGGAUUAUCCUUGUUCUCCUCUGUAAACUGGAUGGCAAAGCGGGAUGCUACGGGGAUCACGUGGCGCUUUCCUAUUUGUUCCUGGCGAAUAACUUGAACUACGUCGUUUCGAAGGUUAAAACCUCGAAUCUGAUGCUCUUGAUGGGGGCCGAUUGCGUGUCAAAGCACGAGUCAAAGGUCAAACAGUACUCAGCAAAAUACGAAAGGAUGGGUUGGGCAAAGGUGCUGACGUCAUUGCCGGAUGACGCGACGGUGGAGAUUUCUUUACCCGAAAUAAAGGAUUCUUUCAGAAAAUUUAAUUCGGGUUUUGAAGAGGCAUACCGGGUACAGAGUUCGUGGGUCAUACCGGAUUCGAAGCUCCGGGACCAGAUUAAGUUUUCUCUGUCGGAGAAGAUGGUUCCGGGUUAUCGGGUAUUUUAUGAGAACCACAGAGAAGAAGUUGGAGAUGAAUCAAUUGUCAGAUUUACCCCUGACGACUUGGAGAAUUGCUUGUCUGAUUUGUUCUAGGGGAAGAGUGAAGGUAUGGGGAGUUCGAGAGCGACGUCGUACCGGGUUUCUUCUGUUUCAAUUGACCAAUAAAUUAGGGAUUAGUCAGAUAUUAUUGGCCUGCUUAUACCCUCAAAAAGCAAAAAGGAAACAGCAAAGUUUACUAUUGGCCGGCCACAAUGGUAAACGUCCAUUUCAUUGUAAAGAAAUGUCCAAAACAAAAACUGCUUAUAGAAUUCUUUUGAGCUCGCAUACUAUAGGAACAUGGAAAU